AUGUCGUCAACGUUAUCAAGAUUAAGAAGAAUCUCUCCCUUUCGUUCUAACCCCAUUUCACUUCUUUCCUUUCACUCUCACUCUCACUUUCAUUCUGUUCCUCCUUCCUUUCACAAUCCUCAUGAUGAUGCUGUCUCCUUCUUCAACCGCUUACUCCAAAUGCAUCCUAUCCCACCCAUUUUCGAAUACGGUAAGAUUUUAACUUCCCUCGUUAAGAUGAAGCAUUAUUCCACCGCUAUCUCGCUUUCUCACAAAAUGGAGUUCACUGGAAUCAAGCCAAGCCUUGUUACUCUCAACAUCUUGAUCAAUUGUUACUGCCACCUAGGUCAAACCACUUCCGCAUUUUCUGUAUUGGCCAACAUUCUCAAGCGAGGUUAUCACCUAGAUACCUUCACCUUCACUACUCUUAUUAAAGGUCUCUGUCUUCACGGCAAUGUUCAACGAGCACUGCAAUUUCAUGACGACGCGGUAGCUCAGGGGGUUCGGUUGGAUCAUGUCAGUUACGGGACGUUGAUCAAUGGCCUAUGUAAAAUGGGGGAAACAAGAGCUGCUUUGGAGUUUCUGAGACAGAUUGAAGGGCAAUUGAUUAUUCCUAAUGUGGUAAUGUACACCACAAUCAUUGAUAGCUUGGGCAAAGAUAAACGUGUAAGUGAUGCUUUUGAUUUAUAUUCGGAAAUGGUUGCCAAGGGAAUAUCUCCUAAUGUUUUCACUUACAGUGCUUUAAUAUAUGGCUUCUGCAUUGUUGGUCAAGUGAAGCAAGCAGUUGGUUUGUUAGAUGAAAUGGUAUUGAAAAAUAUCUAUCCAAAUGAUUAUACCUUUAAUAUACUGGUUGAUGCUUUAUGUAUGGAAGGACUGUUGAAGGAAGCUAAAAAUGUGUUGGCUGUGAUGAUGAAACAAGGUGUGAAACCCGAUGUUAUCACUUAUAAUUCUUUGAUGGAUGGGUAUUGCAUGGUUAAUGAAGUGAACAAAGCCCAAGAUGUAUUCAACACCAUCGCCCAAAUGGGAGUGCCUCCUAAUGUUCAUAGCUACACUAUCAUGAUUAGUGGGUUGUGUAAGAUUAAAAAGGUGGAUGAAGCCUUGAAUCUCUUAAAACAAAUGCAUAGCAAAAAGAUAGUUCUUAAUACAGUAACCUACAGUUCUCUUAUUGAUGGUUUGUGCAAAUUAGGGAGAAUCUUUGAUGCUUGGGAGAUUGUUGAUGAGAUGCAUGCUAGAGGUACACCACCCAAUGCAAUUGCUUUAAUCAAGAAAAUUGAAGACCAUGGUAUUCAGCCAGAUGUGCACACAUACACGAUACUUAUGGAUGGACUAUGCAAAGUAGGAAGACUUAAGGAUGCUCAAGAGGUUUUUCAGGAUAUUUUAAUUGAAGGCUACAUAUGA